AUGUCUUUCGCUCGAACCAACUGCUUGAGCGGUACGCUGGUGCCGUUUCUAUACCCCGCCGUGUCCCAGGCGCAACUUGGCCUACUUUCACGCAGGUGGCUGCUUCGCAAAUCAUGUCUGCCGCAGCGAAGAUGCAAUUCGACAUCUGAUACUUCUCGACUGGACCCCACACCCGACGACUACUCACUCACGCCAUUUGCCGACCGCUGCAUCCUCACAGUCGAGGCUGGCGGGGGCGGGCACGGAUGUGUAUCUUUUCUGCGCGAAAAGUACAUUGAAGAAGGGCCUGCCAACGGCGGUGAUGGCGGCAGCGGAGGCAAUGUGUACAUCCAAGCCGUUCGCGGCGAGACGUCCCUGCACAAGCUGGCCCGGCGACGGCUAAUCAAGGCUGGAAGAGGGCGCAAUGGCCAGGGCAAAGUCAAAGGCGGCGAGCGGGGCACAGACGUUCUGAUUACCGUCCCUGUAGGAACCAUUGUGCGCGAGCUGCAGAGGCAUGACCCUGUUGCUAUCAUGGAGGAAGAGCAUUGGAAGAUGGAGCAGAGCCCGGAAGAGGAAGAUGUUGAACAGGGUGAGCCUAGCUAUAGGAGAGAUAGGUGGCUUGUAUACCCUGGCACCAUGGCCUCGGAGUUGAGCAGGAUCAAGUUUCCCAAGCUCCCUCCGCCACGUAGAUCUCACCUUGCCGCUCUCGAGCCUGAGGCGCCUUUGUGGCUGGAUUUAGACAAGCACAUGGAGACGCCAAUGCUGAUAGCAGCGGGCGCCAUGGGCGGUCUGGGCAACCCGCACUUUAUGACGCCCUUCAACUCGCGCCCCAAGAUGGCCACGCGGGGUGACGAAGGGUUAAAGCUAUCCCUCCAGCUCGAACUCAAGAUCCUCGCCGAUCUGGGUCUCGUGGGUCUGCCCAAUGCAGGCAAGAGCACGCUGCUGCGGUCUUUGAGCAAUAGCCGUGCGCGAGUUGGCAAUUGGGCCUUUACAACCCUCCAACCAAAUGUCGGCACAGUUGUGCUGGACAACCACAAGGGCCGUCCACUCGUCAAGUCACGCAGACCAGAUGGCCAACUGCGAGAGAAUUUCACCAUUGCUGACGUGCCCGGGCUUAUCGAGGACGCCCACUUAGACAAAGGACUUGGACUGGGCUUCCUGCGCCACAUUGAACGCGCCGCAGUCCUCGCCUUUGUCAUCGACCUGUCUGCCGGCGACGCAGUCCAAGUGCUGCAGCUCCUCUGGCGCGAAGUCUCCGAGUACGAGACCCUCCGCGGCAAGGAGCUCAAUGCAGAAACAGAACGCAGAAUGGUCACUUACAUGCCUGCCGGUAAUAGCAGUCCCCCUCCCAGCGACACCUCAGACCUCAUCGACUCGCCGCAGCUGGACCCAUCUCCGAAGCCGCUCCCGUUCAUCACUACGACUCCUAUAUCCUCCAAGCCAUGGUUUGUUGUCGCGACAAAGGCGGACUUGCCAGAUACGCAGGCGAAUUUUGAGUCGCUUCUUCAGUAUUUAGAUGGAGUGACUAAGGGGACUCUGCCUCACCCGAGCCAUCGCCAGCAUGCGUGGAAGCGCAACGUUCAGGCUGUGCCAAUUAGUGCGAUCAAAGGUGAAGGUGUACAGGUUAUUCCACAGUUGGUUAUGGAUUUGCUGGAUGAAUAG